AUGCUCGGACGAUUAAUUUCCCCAUCGCUAGCUAGGCGUUCUGUUGUAAAUGCCUAUACCAUUCGCCGGCCAGCGUUAGUUUUAAGCCUCAGAGCAUAUUCUUCUGGCACAGAUGAAGAGAAGAGGAUAUAUGAGAAGUUGUCCAAGGCAUUCAACACCACUGAUCUCAGGGUGCAGGAUGUCUCUGGUGGAUGUGGUUCAAUGUAUGCCAUUGAUGUUACUUCCGACAAGUUUAACACAUUAACUACAAUUAAACAACAUCAGAUGGUCAAUGAGAUCCUUAAGGAAGAUAUCCCAAAAUGGCACGGUCUGCAACUGCGAACUAAGAAGAACAAAACCAAAUAA